AUGUCUGCGAUCGAGGAGAGGAAGCAGCCGACUGCACCGCCAGUCGUUGUUAACGAUGACCUGAUUGAUCCUGCGUUGAGGGCGACAACAGCCCCAUCGAUCGAAACACCACCCAAAAAAGCAUCCUCAUCCUCCACGAGAGGGAAGGGAGGAGGAGGAGGACGCUCAAAACGUAAUGCCGCCGAUACAAAGCAGCAGCAACAGCGAAAACCAUCACAGCCCUGGCCAGACGCAUUCAAACGCCUCUCCCAAACCCACCGCGCGCUGAAUCUAGUAUACACUUUCUGCUGCACUAGGAAACACCUCGCGACCACGUUUGAGACUAUCAAAACAGCCGUACAGGCUCAAAUGGGUGGCCGUGAGUUGACGGUCGAGGAUGUCGCUAGAAUCAAGGUUCUGAUUCCCAGGGCCGUCAGAUUUGAGUAUGUUGAUGAAGGUGUUCUUGAGGUUCUGGGUGUUGGAGAGGAUGCUAGUCAAGGCGGUGGUGGGAAGAGGGAUGAAUAUAAAUGGAUGAAUGUGAAGAGUGCGAGUUUGGGUGGGGGAUUCAUUCCCGAGGAGCAUUCUACCGCCACUACUGCUACUUUUGCUGAAAGUAGGCACGAUGAUUUACCAGAAACGAGAGACGUGUUACUUUUCGAGUUUGUGGAUGAAGAUCUCAAACGACAGGUUCAACACAGCAAAACCGGGGAACCGACACGGCCGACCAAACGACUGCGGAACGACGAGCUGAAAAUGCCAGUUUACAGUAAGAAACAAAUGGUCAAUUUGAUUGAGAAGAGGAAUAAAAAGUUCUCAGACGCUAUUGAUGCGUUUCUGGUCAAAUGUGAGGAUGAAGGCGUGGAUCCGGUGGAGCGGUUGGAGAGUGAGAAAGUCAUACCAUCCCCACCAGUGAAGGAAGAGUCCGACAAUCUCGGGGCGAAGGGAAAAGUGCCAGAUGCGAUACCCAAAGACCGCAAGCCCAUCGCCGAGAUUAUUGCAGAUAUCAAGGAAAUGGAAUGGUACACAGCUCAAAUUGUCCCCGAUGGUCACAGAGUGUUUGAUCCACAGCCUGCGGUGUUUGGAGAUUUGAACUUUCAGCUUUCGCAGAAUCUGGUGAAUGCGCUAUAUAAUACCAAAGGGAUAACACAGCUCUAUUUGCAUCAAGCGGAAGCUAUCAACAAUCUAUAUGAGGGUCAUCAUGUUAUUGUCUCGACGUCGACGAGCUCGGGCAAGUCUCUUAUCUAUCAGAUUCCGAUGCUUCAUGAGCUUGAAAAGGAUCCUAAUAGCAGGGGAAUUUAUAUCUUCCCUACCAAAGCUCUUGCGCAGGAUCAACGGCGGAGUAUGAAAGAGUUACUCAAUUUCAUGGAGGGGUUGGAACACGUUAUUGUCGAAACAUUCGAUGGAGAUACACCUAUGGCCGAACGAAACACUAUUCGUGACGAAGGACGAAUCAUCUUCACGAACCCCGAUAUGUUGCAUGUUACUAUUCUUCCACAAGAAGGCUCGUGGCGUACUUUUUUGCAGAAUCUGAAAUUCGUGGUUGUCGAUGAACUGCAUGCCUACAACGGGUUGUUUGGGUCUCACGUCGCCUUUGUCAUGCGACGACUGCGACGGAUAUGCGCGGCCGUGGGCAAUCGUUAUGUUAGGUUCAUCAGCUGCUCGGCGACAGUCGCUAAUCCCGAGGAACAUUUCAGGGCCAUCUUUGGUGUUGAAGAUGUUCGAUUAACUGAUUUUGAUGGCUCGCCUGCAGGACGCAAGGAAUUCGUUUGUUGGAACACGCCGUUCAAGGAUCCGCAUGAUCGUACCUCUGGUCGAGGCGACAGUAUCACCGAAGCAGCGCGUUUGUUUUGCCAGCUGGUUUUACGCGGAGUCAGAGUUAUUCUUUUCUGCAGGAUAAGAAAGCAAUGCGAAAUCGCCCUGGCAGCAGUGCGCACUGAGUUCCAGACAUUGGGAAGACCAGAGGUGGCAAACCUGGUUAUGGGUUAUCGUGGUGGUUACAGCCCGCAGGCCAGACGCCAAAUCGAGAAGGAAAUGUUUGAUGGAAAACUUAUGGGAAUUGUUGCUACGAACGCACUUGAGCUAGGGGUUGACAUUGGCUCUUUAGAUGCGGUGAUAACACUGGGGUUCCCGUUUUCAAUCUCAAAUCUGCGUCAGCAGAGUGGACGAGCUGGUCGACGCAACAAGGAUUCCUUGUCCGUUCUGAUUGGCGACGGAUUCCCGACUGAUCAACAUUAUAUGGCUAACCCAGAUGAGAUAUUCACAAAACCGAACUGUGAGUUACAGGUCGAUUUGACUAAUGAACUUGUGCUGGAAGGCCAUGUUCAAUGUGCUGCAUUCGAGAUGCCACUGAAACCGGAAGAAGAUAAAGUCUAUUUUGGCGAGCAACUUGAAGAAUUCGCGUCUACUCGUCUUGUCAAAGACUCUCUUGGAUAUUAUCAUUGCAAUGACCGGUUUCGACCCAAACCGUCGGAUUUUGUGUCACUUCGGGACAUGGAAGAUAGUUCCUUUGCAGUCAUUGAUAUCACCCACAACCGAAACAUUGUACUAGAAGAAGUGGAAACGUCACGAGCAUUCUUUACAAUUUACGAAGGCGGAAUAUUCAUGCACCAAGGUCAAACAUACAUAGUCCGCGAACUCAACACGGAAAAACGUCUCGCACGAGUCGUCCAGGUUCAAGUAGACUGGAACACCCAACAGCGCGAUUAUACGGACAUUGAUCCCAUCGAAACCGAAGCCAUCCGCCACAUUAGUCCGACUGCCAAAGCAUACUAUGGCAUCAUUCAAAUCCAUGCAGUUGUCUAUGGCUUCUUCAAGAUCGACAAACGCGGUCGCGUCCUUGAUGCAGUUCAAGUAGAUAACCCGCCCAUCGACACGUUCACGAAGGGCAUGUGGUUGGAUGUGCCCAAACGGGCAUUCGAGAUUCUAGAGUCAAGAAGACUUAACAUCGCGGCUGCCAUACACGCCGCUGAACAUGCAGUCCUCUCACUAUUUCCGACUUUUAUCAUUUCCUUACCCGGCGAUGUACGCACAGAAUGCAAAGUCGCCAAAAAGGAACUAGGCAAGAACCUCAAACGAGCCAACGAAGCCAUCUCCUCUGCUUCAUCCACAAACGAGCACACAACCCAACACCCAACAUCAUCCGGCCGCCCAGCCACCGUGUCCAAAUCCUCAUUCGCCAAUAAGAACAAAAACCUUUCAGAAGAGUUAGAGCCUCCACAUCGCCAACGACCAGCCCGCCUAACCUUCUACGACGCCAAAGGCGGCCCCUCGGGGUCAGGCAUCGCGCUCAAAGCCUUUGAGUUCAUCGACUCACUACUUGCGCGCGCCGUCCGACGCAUCGAGGCAUGUACCUGCAUCUCGCCCCAGGGGUGUAUAGAAUGUGUCUGCGACGAACGAUGCAAGGAACGGAACGUUGUAAUGAGUAAAGCCGGUGCGGGGGUGGUGCUGAAAUGUUUGUUGGGUCGAGAGGAUGAAAUUGAUAUCGACGCUUUGCCGUGGGGCGAGGAUCCGUAUUAUGAUAUCAGUGAGCAGGGGGCUGGUGAUAAAGAGAUUGUGGGUGGAUAUGAGACUGUCGUGUUGGCGAGGGAGGUUAGGGUUAAGCAUGGUGUAAAAAUCUAUCCUUAG